CGAAAUCUGCUGAGAGUGAUGGGUGUCUGAGCCCAAGCGCCAACCUGAGUGGGAAUAUCUACACGGCUGUGGGGCUAAGCCUGCAAAGCCCAAAUCAGUUGAGCUGGGCUCUGAGAGUUGGUGCUACAGAUUUUUCUUUGCAAUGUAGACAUGCCCUUAGAGUCUGCCCAGAAACUCGCCCACAGGGCAUUGUGAAUAGCGGGCAUGUGGAGGGGGAGGGUUUGAGAAAACACAAACUGAGAACAGAACAGAGAUUAGGCAAGAAGGCCAAGUAGUAGCCUGUGUUCACAGUGACUCUGGGAAAGCUAGACAGCACUUUGGGUCUGAUGUUGGCAACUGAGGCUUGCGGUUUGUGAGCUAAAACUGCUUUUGUUCUUGAUUCCUACUGCAUUCAGAUGAGCAGGAUUAUUUUGCAUUCCUUGUAAAUAAGAUUUUGUCAAAGAAAAUACCAGAUGCUUUCAAUUUCUACUUCUAUAUCUAGAACAUACCUAGGACCCUGCAUGUUGAGUAGCUUCUUUGGGUCAAAAAAUCCUCUAUCUUCAGGACUGUAAAUCCAGCACUUUUCACAAGCACUAAGUAUCCUAGGAAUUAAAAUAACUGAUUUGCUUUUAAUAUACCCGUAUGUGUAUUUUGACUGGUGAUUUGGAUUCGUUUAGGUGUUGCCUGAGUAAGGGCUGCAGAAAAAGACCUCUGGUUUCUGCUUCCAUUAUUGAUGUCUUACCUGUUCUGUUUCUCUCACCAGUGUUGUUAAUAACAAUACUUGUAGUGGAAGGGAUUGCUGUGGCACAGAAGACACAAGGUGGUCAGAAUAUUGGAGUGAACCACGUACCAUCUACCCAGUGUGACAACUGGGUUCGGACAAGCAAUGGAGGCCAUUUUGCUUCACCAAACUAUCCUAAUUUGUACCCACCAAACCAGGAGUGUAUCUACAUUUUAGAAGCUGCUCCACGCCAAAGAAUUGAAUUGACCUUUGAUGAACCUUAUUACAUAGAGCCCUCAUUUGAAUGUCGAUUUGAUCACCUUGAAAUUCGAGAUGGGCCUUUUGGUUUUUCCCCUCUCAUCGAUCGUUACUGUGGUCUGAAAAGUCCUGCACUAAUUAGAUCAACAGGGAGGUUUAUGUGGAUAAAGUUUACUUCGGAUGAGGAGCUAGAAGGAGAGGGAUUUCAAGCAAAAUACUCAUUUAUACCAGAUCCAGACUUCACUUACCUAGGAGGUAUUUUAAAUCCCAUCCCAGACUGCCAAUUUGAGCUUUCAGGAGCUGAUGGAAUAGUACGUUCCAGUCAAGUAGAACAAGAAGAGAAAACAAAACCUGGACAAGCAAUUGACUGCAUAUGGACAAUUAAGGCUACUCCAAAUGCUAAGAUUUAUUUGAGAUUCCUGGACUACCAAAUGGAGCACUCAAACGAAUGCAAGAGAAACUUUGUAGCUGUAUAUGAUGGAAGCAGUUCCAUUGAAAACCUGAAGGCAAAGUUUUGCAGCACAGUAGCAAACGAUGUGAUGCUGCAGACUGGAACAGGAGUGGUACGGAUGUGGGCAGAUGAGGGUAGCAGACUCAGCAGAUUCAGAAUGCUGUUCACUUCAUUUGUCGAUCCUCCAUGUUCAGGCAGCACUUACUUUUGCCAUAGCAACAUGUGCAUCAAUAAUUCUUUAGUCUGCAAUGGCAUUCAAAACUGUGCAUACCCUUGGGAUGAAAAUCAUUGCAAAGAGAAGAAAAAAGCUGGACUGUUUGAACAAAUCACCAAAACUCAUGGAACCGUCAUUGGAAUUACUUCAGGGAUAGUUUUGGUUCUUCUCAUAAUUUCAAUUCUGGUGCAAGUAAAGCAGCCUCGCAAAAAGGUUAUGGCCUGCAAAACUGCUUUUAAUAAAACCGGCUUCCAAGAAGUAUUUGAUCCGCCACAUUAUGAACUGUUCUCAUUAAGGGAUAAAGAGAUUUCUACAGACUUGGCUGACUUAUCAGAAGAACUUGAGAACUAUCAGAAAAUGAGACGUUCUUCUACUGCUUCGAGAUGUAUUCAUGACCAUCACUGUGGCUCUCAAGCUUCCAGUAUAAAACAAAGCAGGACCAACCUCAGUUCCAUGGAACUUCCUUUCCGCAAUGAUUUUGCACAACCUCAGCCGAUGAAAACAUUUAAUAGCACCUUCAAGAAAAGUAGUUACACAUUUAAACAGGCCCAUGACUGCCCUGAGCAGGUCAUAGAAGACAGAGUGAUGGAGGAGAUUCCUUGUGAAAUUUAUGUGAGAGGACGAGAGGAUGCUGCACAAGGCUCAUUAUCUAUUGACUUUUAAUCUCCUGCUAAAAGUGAAAUUGGUAUGUGUGGGAAUCUGACACACACUGUGUAUAUAUAAAAAUGUACCCUAUGUAGUGUGUAUAGGUAUACACACUUUUUAGCUUACUGUAUCCAAUUUUUUUUUUUUUUUUUAAAGGAAAGCUCUUCGUAACCAAUAAUUGUUGCAGUUGUGGACUUUGCCCUCAUCCCCCGCAAGCUGUCACUUCGGUUGAGCAACAAAACAGAAGGUUUUGCAUGGGAACUAUUAGUUAAAAAUAUUCUUAACUAAAUCUGAAAAUGACUAGAUUAUUUUUCUGCCCUCCCUUUCAUAUUAUUUCUUUUCCUUUGUUAAAUAGUUAGUUUUCAGACCAAUUUUAACUAGUUUAAGUAAAUAAAAAUGGUUAAAGGCACCACCUAUUUUGACACAGAUGUCUUAUCAUAUUUAUCGAAUUGCAGCUAGAGUUACUGUGGUAAGUGCCAAUUAAGAUGAGUUAUGUUGCAUCCACCUAUUGCAUCUUGACUAGUUUUUAUAUUGCUGCCUUUAAUUAUUGGCUCCUUAGUCUCUGUAUUCUGUGAGAAAUAUGUGAAAUGGUCUAUUGCCUUUUAACAGUAUUAUCUUAGCUAUAUUCAUUUUAGUAUCUUUGGGAAUAUAUGGCCUUUGUGGAUAAGAUUUAACCCAAUUCUCAAGUAUGUCUUUUUAGACACAGACUUUACACAAUGGCUUCUUUCAGGAAGAUGUAGAUUUUCAAAAGCAUAGGAGUGGGCCAAUUUCUGCUAUGUGUUACAGCCAUGCAACUCUGGCUCUGUUUUUUUCUAUUACUUGCAUAAAAAAACUCCAUUGACUGUUUUAUAUAUUUCUGUCUCCUGUAGUGAUUCUAGUGCUAUAUUCCUUAUGCAGCGCACCCCCCAACCCGCAUUGAAAUCCAGGCUUGAUACUCAAUUGGUGUCUUAAUUGCACAAAAAGUACAGGAUGAAGCCUGCUACAUGUUACACUUUGAGAUCUAUGUGAUAACUAAGGUGUAUGAAAUUGUUGAGGACAAAGAAAUCUGAAAGUAACUGAAUGAGCCUUUUAGCACUUAAGACUAUCACAUUUUUCUAGCACUUGUGUCCAUGCUGCAAAAAUGCACAUUUCAUUUUUUUUAAGUGCAGCUUAGACCUUGUUUUUUUUACAGCUCAAGACAAUUUGUAAAACAGCAAUUCUCAUGGAUUUUUUUAGACUUUUGAUAUAAUUUGAUACUAAUACAAACUGUUUAUUAAAUCAAGAUUUAACAGCUGUUCAGUAAGCCUCUUUCAGUGUCCCCAUUAGCAGCAUUGAAUAACAGUCAGUGAUUGGUGUGUACAUUGUAACUUGUAAAGAAUACUUAAUGACAUACAGUAGCCUUUUUACUCCCUGAUUUGUUUGGAUUUAUUUUGUUUGGGUUUUUUUGUUUACACAGGAACUGUUACUGUUUCACUAAAUGUGACCUUACAGUUCUCAGUUACUGGACAUAUCCUGUAUUAAGAAAUGUACAUAAAGACAAAAUUAUCUUUUUUUUUUUUUUGUUCUGACUGCAGACUGCAAUGAAAUUUAAUUUAGUUACGGGAGGUUUCUGCACUGCAAGGACAUAUCAGUUGCUGGGAAUGUGUGUAAAACAGACUAUUUUUCCUGUUUAAGAUUAAAACAAAUGAGACUUAAUCGCUGGUUUCCUGACAAGGUAUGAUUUGAUGGUGGCAAACAAAACUAUUAUUUCUGUCCCCUUAUAGCAAUGGUGUUUAUUUAAAGUUAGGAACACUCAUUCUCUGUUUGCUUUAUUACAAGCAAGUUGAAAUUGAUACUGAAUCCAAGAAUCAGAACAUCUGUUAGACUGACGCAUACUACUUCUAUCAAAGCAAUGCAAUCAGGCUUAGUUUACCUAAUAUAGAUGGACAGUAAAUGAAAGUGUGUAGACAUUCAUUGAAAUGUUAUCCAUAAGAUUUUCAGCUGUCUUAAGAAAAUAACAGUAAUUAGCUCAGCCUGAAUUCCAUUUCCCAUAAAACAAAACACUAGCCCCAAAGAGAAAUGCUAAGUGGGUAUCCAUCAGAAUGCUGAGAACAGCCAUUUGAAAAGAAAAGCCAGCAUCUUGGGUUAGGAUUUUAGACCCAGAGUUGGUAAGUCUUUUUUGGCUUUAAUCAAAAAACACAACCUGCUGUGUGCUUACAACUUAAAGGAUCACAUAGCACUGUUCCCACCCUUUCUCCUAUCCACUCAUUUCUGCAGUAUUUUGAUUUGUUCUCAGUACAUGGGUGUAGACAGGGUCAGAAUUUGGCUAGAUAUGAUUGUUUCCCCAGAUAUUCAUCACUAAAACACCAACAUUUACUCAGCAGUGGUACUUGUGAUACUGCCAUCUGUUCCAGGGAUGGCCAAACUUACUGACCCUUUGAGCUGCACACAACAAUCUUCAGAAGUUCAAGAGCUAGGGUACACCUGCCAGAACUUGGGCCUUCUGCCCCGCAUGAGGCACCUGCUGGGCAAAAGCCCCACCCUGCUGCAAGGCAGAGGUCCCAAGCCUGGUAGGUGGAGAAUGGAGGUGGUGUGGGCGGGGGGCUCCAUGAGCCACAAUUUGGCCACCCCGAUCUAUAACUUGAUACUGAGAUAGCUUAAACAUCAAAAUGCUGUCUGCUGCAUGAUUUACUUCUUGUUAACUGGCCCUACAAUUUUUUUACCCUUUAAUCAAAAUAUGAGAGGAACAAUCCAGGACUCCUGGAAGGGGUACAGGGGGUUAUCUAGAGUUGCAUAUAGCUAUGAUUCAUCAUGACACUGAACUGCCACAGGGUUAACUCAAAUUUGACACAGAGAUGGACUCUGAAAUGCUGUAGCAUUUCAGGGAUCACAGAAAUCUUAAUUUAUACAAGAAAAAUGACAUUUUCUUGCUUAAGAACAUAAUCUUCAUACUGUGUACUAAGGACAAAGGAGGAGCAGUAUACAUUCAACACACUCAAUUAAAAGGAAGUGACAGAAGAGCUAACAAAUUUUCUUUGAGAACACCCGUGCUAAAAUUCACAUUUUUAUGUACUGAAAACCCCACCAUAUCCAUCUGUUAGGUCUUUGCACAGUUAGGAAAGUCACUAUGUAUCAGCAGGGACAUAGGGAAAAGACACUUUUAAUAAAUCAUACAUCAUCACAUGGGUGGAUUACUCAACUUUCCUAUUUAGCUAAACUUUACGUGCCCACGCGCGCAGCCCUGAGCCACUCUCCCCCUAUAUGCCGCUCUACUGCCUAUAUGCUCCACCAACAAUGUCCAAGUAGUACUUGUCACUGGUGCCUGAAAAGCCAGAAUGAAGUUGGGACUAGAGCAGUGUGAAAUUGAGAGACUUCAAUUCAGAAGGGCUCAUGCGAACAUUUUAUUCAACUUUAAUCCUCUUCUAUUUUCAACUCUGCUUUUCAGAUUCAAAUAUACUCAUGCCAAAAUUCAGACAAAGCUACUUACUCUCACCUGGUUUCAACACAAAUCCAUGUAUCACCCCAGUGCUUGCUCCUUUCACCAAAUGAAAGGUUCCAAUCGCUAACAAAGCCAAACGUACACAAGUUACACUGAGAAAUGUUAAAGACUAUUCUAACUGUAACCAAUUGGAGCAGUUAAAUAAUUUACAUGUUAAUACUAUAUACAUUUCUCUAUAAAAAAAUCUAUUUCAGCAUCUAUCUAUUCCUGCUUUGAAUGUGAUUGUUUGUGUUAUCACUUCGUGAACUAGCUGUGUGAUGCAAAGAGUGAUAUCUGCAAAGUUUUUGCUUUUGUGAUGAUCUUUUCUCUCCUCCUAACCGUCCCUGUGUAGAGGAUAAAUGCUGAUAAAAAUGGACUCCAGUACACUAUGUAUUUUGUCUCCAAUCUGAGAUGAGUGUAGCCAUGAAAGUGAAAGGCUAUUUUCAUUCAGUUUUUUUUGCUACACUCCAUUUUGCAGAAUCAGCUUAACUAAAUCUGUUCUCCAACAAAAGCCAUUGUUGAUAAUCCAAAAUACAACAAAUAAAACAGCUUAAUUUCUAUAAGCCUAUUUGAUCCUAUAGAGUCAAGCCUAGAGACAAACAAAGUGAAGACCUCAAGUCUUUGUAUUAUCCAGGUGCUAUUUCUACCAGUGGGUUUUAAUCAAAGAAAUGCAUGUUGUUUAUGAGUCAGAUCUGACCAGGGAGAGAAAAGUGCUGCGACAAACCAACAAACAGGUACAUAGCACAUACACACUGCAAGAUAAAUGUUAAAAGUCACUGGGUUUUGGCUGAUAGCUGCCCCACACACAGACACCUGCUGCUCUUCCAUAACUGUAAGGGUGGUUGUGUCUAGGAGCUGUUGCUGGGUAUUGGGUAUAGUAGAUACAUAAAUGCAUGAGGCCAGAUUCUCUUUUCUGUUCCAACCCCUUUGCACGGCACUUCUGGUGCAAAUGGAGAAGGGAGCAGCAAGCAUUGUCCCCCAUCCCCUAAGAACACCCACUCAGAGGGGCUGGAGACCUGCUCCAAUUUGAAGAGAUUAGAUUGUAGACACAUGGAAUUUCCCUCUGCCACCUCUACUGUUACAGCCUAGGUUACUUGACCUCAGUUCCUCAGAUCUCACAGUCUGGCCCAAAAGGGUUGUUUCUGAAAACCACUUCAAUUGGGUCACAUUUUAGAAGCAAUCCUCUCUGAUUUUACCUGAACUUUAGAACUGUUGUGUGCUAGCUGGGUCAGUUGUUAAAAGGACAGAAAAUAGCUUCAAUUUCUACCCCGCAACAAGCCAGAAAGUCUCAGAGGGGAACACGGGACGCAAAGAGGAAUAUGAGGGGUAGUAUACUGGAAAAGGAGGAAAAACAUGGCCGGUGAAUGCAGAGGAUGGACUAGGGACAAGACACUGUGGGGGAAUAUAGAAGAAGAAUUAAGUGUAGCAGAAGAGUAGGUGGGAAAGGGAGAGAGACAUGACCGUGACAAGGGAGGAGGAAAGGGAUAGAAUGACAGCUCCCCCUCCUCUAGGGCUAGGAGAGGGUUAGUGUAUUUCCCCAUGGAAAGGUUACCAAAAAGGCCCCACAUUCUUGUGUAUGGUUUUUCUGGUUGAAUUUGAAUCUUAAAUGCUCAUGUACAAUUUGAAGGUAGGCAGCUUCUCCUUCAAAGAGUCUAAAAAC